CCUUUUUCUCCCCCUUGCCUGACUCCCCCACUUUCCUCUGGGCUCUUCUUUUGUAUUCUCUCCUCCCUCGCCGCCCCGCUUGCCUCUCGCCUCCUCCGGGGCCGCAAGGGAGGAGGCGAGCACGCUGCACCCUGGGCCCGCGCGGCUCGCAGGGAGGCGUAUUUCCCACUUCUCCCGGGGAAUUUGGAGAGGGUCUGUGUGCGCGCGCGCGCGUGAGCUGCAGGCAAAAGCGGGUAGGAUCUAGCGGCGAGCAGAGGGUCAGGGUCUUUGACGUUUCUCGCCGGUUGCACAAGCCUCGCGGAGCAAGAAAGAGUGUAUCCGAGAGUGCGUGCGUGUACACGGGCUGGCUGCCCUUAGCACAUUCGGUGGCCCGGGGCCCCGGGGCCCACGGUCCCCUCUGGCGUCCCGGGAUUACCGUGACGUCACAUUGAGCCUCUGGCCACCUUGGACUGGGAUACCUCGGGAUCCUCACAGCCCGACGUCGCGCUGUACCUCACCUUGCCACUGCGCGCCUUUGGCACCCCGCGCCUUCUUCCUAAUUCUGCCGAUCCAUGGGCCCCUCUGCCUUCUGGAACCCACAGGCCGCAGGGGAGCCUCCGCAAUCGCAGGACUCAGCAGCCCCUCUGCCUUUGACUCUGCCUCCAGCCUCUCCCUGCCGGCCAAGGAACUGGCGGCCAGCUUCUGCAGCCCUGUAAGGAAACCAGACGCCGCGCUGCUGGGGGCAUCGAAUCACCGAGCUGAGCAAGGAACUGGAAGGGAAAGAGGGAGUCAAGACCCUGAAGACCCCCUGCUAUGGCCUUCCCGCCCUUUGGACACCCGUAUGGCGGCGCAUCCCAGUUUCUGGUGUCUGCAAGUUCCAGUGCCACUUGCUGCGAAGCAGCCCCUCGGUCAGUGUCAGAUGUGGCCUCGGCCUCCACCUCUGCCUCUACUCUUUGCUGUACACCCUAUGACAGCCGGCUGCUGGGUAGUGCUCGGCCAGAACUGGGUGCUGCCUUGGGUAUCUAUGGAGCACCCUAUGCAGCUGCCCAGAGUUACCCUGGGUACCUGACCUAUGGCCCAGAGACACCCACACUUUGCGGCACACUGAAUCCUCAGUAUGAGUUUAAGGAAGCUGCGGGAAGUUUUACCCCCAGCCUGACCCAGCCAGGGGCUUACUACCCCUAUGAGACAGCUCUGGGGCAGUAUCAAUAUGAGAGGUAUGGUGGAGUGGAAUUGAGCAGCGCUGGCCGCAGGAAGAACGCCACAAGGGAGAGCACCAGCGCGCUGAAGGCCUGGCUCAACGAGCACCGCAAGAACCCGUACCCCACCAAGGGCGAGAAGAUUAUGUUGGCCAUCAUCACCAAGAUGACCCUCACCCAGGUGUCCACCUGGUUCGCCAACGCGCGCCGGCGCCUCAAGAAGGAGAACAAGAUGACGUGGGCGCCCAAGAACAAGGGUGGGGAGGAGAGGAAAGCAGACGGUGGAGAAGACUCUCUAGGAUGCCUGAAUGGUGACUCCAAAGACGCUACUGCCAGCCGGGAAGGCCGGGGGCUGAGGCUGAGUGACCUGGAAGACCUGGAGGAAGAGGAAGAAGAGGAGGAAGCAGAAGAAGAGGAGGCAGCGGUCACAGCACGCAGGCUGGCGGAUUUUCAGAAGAGUGCGCAGCCCCUGCCAGCUCCCUGCGCCGCGGCUCAGGAGGGCUGUUUGGAGAGCAGAGAGUGCGGCCUGGGGUUACCCCGCUUCCCCUUUAUUGAGGCCCCUCAAUCAGGGGAAGCUGACUUCAUUACAGCAGAGCCAAGUGGCCCCACGAUGAUCGUGCACUACCCAAGCAGCCACAAACCCCGCAUUUGGUCCUUAGCUCACACUGCGGCAGCCAGCGCUGUCGAAGGUGCUCCCUCAACUCCGCCCAGGGCACAAAGUCCAGAGUGCCACAUGAUUCCCAGACAGCCCAGUUCGAUCAGGCGACUCCUGGUCCCAAGGGACUCCGGAGGCGAAGAGGAGUCUCAUGCAGCCAAAGCUUUUGGAAACUCCACGUUCGCCCUGCAGGGGCUGCCACUGAACUGUGCACCGUGCCCAUGCCCGAGGCGGAGAGAGCCUGAAGUGCGGUUCCAGUACCCAUCUGGAGCAGAAGCAGGUUAGUGCAAUGGCUGCGGAUUGCAGAGGACUUUUGGAAACGGCUGCUUCUGGAUUUGCCUCCAUAUUAAAAAGCUUCCAGACCUUGGCAGGGUCUGGGAGCUCUCACUUUGUCUAAGACAUACACACAGAACCGUCCUAGCAGAUAUCCUUGCACGCAGGGCUGGGACUGGCCAGGCAGACACACACCUAAUCAGACUUGGAGGGGAGAUGGUAGGACACCUUGGGGGAAAGCCCUGUGUGUGCUCACAGGGUACUUUUACCAAGUCUCUCUUUCUUCUAUGGAUGAAGGUCCUGAAGAGCAUCUCCUCCUGCUCACCUACCCCUGCCCAGCCCACUCACUGUGUAACUUUCUUGCUGAAAUGGUCUCUAAAGACUGCCUGUGUCUCCUUCAAAGCUCCUUCUCUUCCUCUUCCCCUUUCCAGGCUAUACCUUCAAAAAUGACUUAGCUGAACCCAAGGUGUGUAGCCCAUCAAUGCCAGGGACCCUGGGAGAGAUCUGGUGCAGCUGGGGUGGGGCUCGGAACUGCCACGAAGGCUUCUGGGGACAGGGUCUUUCUUGGGCUGCAGAGCUCAGUUCUGUUAACCACACAGAGAGAAACUGAGGAAGCUGCCAACAAUACCCAGGACACAGUGACCCCCAAACUGAACAAGCUGGCAGCUGAACAGCAGAGUGACAUGAGAAUGUUUGUUGAGGAGCAACUUUUGUUCCCUGGUAGCACUGGGACUGUAAACUUGUGUUCUGGGAAUCCAUGAAAGAAAACCAGGCAGUCCCUUAGACCACUGCUUCCCUGACACCCAACAAUGAAUGAAGGCAGUUUGGUGGGGCAGAAAAAGACCACAGAGGGCAGAUUUUCUGCUUAAUCUUAAGAGCCAGUCCCUUCCAGUAUAGGCCAACUAGUGGGAACUUAGCAUCAGGGCAGGGCGUUGUCCCCUUGUCCCUUUGUGAGCCUGCCCAAGCGGGAGUUGGGUGAGAGGAUUGAAGACACCCAUUGAAUGCAGGCUGGAUGAGGCUGCUUGGGCCUGGGUCCCAGCUCUAGAAGAUUCAACUUCAACAAUGAGCAAACUCACACCUCUUACCUAGGCAAUGAGGACAAGCAGAGUCCUGGAGGGAGUCUGGGAAACCGUGGGGAAUAGCAAGGAGAGUUGGUAUGAAUUUGAGAAAGUCACUCUGCAGGCAGUCUGCAGAGCUGGACCACUCAUCAAUGAAACCCUGUUGGUUGACAUCUUCCAGGUGGUGGGAAGGAAGUAUCUGCAUCUAGGUGCUUUUAAGGUCGUAGAAGCUGCAGAGACAAAAUUGGAAGGACAUUAAGGGAAAGAUAAAAACAAAACAAAAUUUAAAAAACCUUUGGGAUGG